AUGGAAUCACCAGCAGUUUAUCUUGAUUUAACUACUGAUUAUUCAACUGAGGGAUUCUUAGCAGCAUUCAAGAGAUUUGUAGGUCGUCGUGGACGAAGGGAAAAAUUAUUCAGUGAUUGUGGUACAAAUUUCGUGAGUGCAGAUGCUGAAUCGAAACGUCAUUCUAAGUCAGCAUCAAAGGAAGCUAAAGAUCUUGCCACUCUUUUAGCGAGAGAUGGCACAAAUUGGGGUUUUACACCACCUGGGUCACCACAUUCGAGUGGUAAAUGGGAAUCAGUUGUCAGGUCAGCUAAACAUCACUUUAAGAGAGUCAUUGGUGAUCACAAGUUCACGUACGAACAUUUUCGUACGUUUUUGACACAAGUUGAGUGUUUGCUCAACUCGAGACCUUCGUUCCCAAUGACUGAUGAUCCUGAGGAUCUUCAGGCGUUAACACCUGGUCAUUUCUUGGUUGGUGAACUACAGAAUGCAGUACCUAAGCCAUCUGUUUUGGAUGUACCUGACAAUCGUCUCAACAAGUAG